CCAUCAUUGUUGUCCACCCUCUGCAUCGAUCAGCAUGAGGCUGCUGAGGAACAAGCGCUUUAGCUCCUCUGGUCUGGGAGCUGGUCGGGAGCAGGAGCUGGCCAGGCCGGUCAGGAACCCUUUUGUGCAUGACCUGCGCUUCACCCCGCUGCAGAAAGCCAAAAUUGCCUUCUUGACGGUGACUCUCUUUCCCAUCCGUCUGUUUUUUGCUGCUUUUAUGAUGCUCCUUGCCUGGCCUUUUGCUUUUAUUGCUGCUAUGGGUCGUACGGGGAAAGAACUUGAGAUGCCUAUGUCUUGGUGGAGAUGGAUAUUGGACAUUACCUUAAAAGUAAUUAUGCGUACAAUGUGGUUUGCUGGUGGCUUCCACUGGGUGACCGUAAAGGGAAGACAAGCCCUGCCUGCUGAGGCUCCAAUUCUGACCUUGGCGCCACAUUCUUCUUAUUUUGAUGCCAUUCCAGUAACAAUGACAAUGGCCUCCAUUGUGAUGAAAGCAGAAAGCAAAGACAUUCCUGUUUGGGGAACAUUAAUCAACUACAUUAGGCCAGUAUUUGUUUCUCGCUCAGAUCAGGACUCUCGGAAGAAGACGGUAGAGGAAAUUCGAAGACGAGCCCACUCUAAUGGUACAUGGCCACAGGUAAUGAUCUUUCCAGAAGGAACAUGCACCAACAGAUCUUGCCUCAUCACCUUCAAACCUGGUGCAUUUAUUCCUGCUGUGCCAGUCCAGCCAGUGGUUUUGAGAUACCCAAAUAAAAUGGACACAAUAACCUGGACAUGGCAGGGUCCUGGAGCAAUGAAAAUACUUUGGCUUUCUUUAUGCCAGUUUCACAACUAUGUAGAAAUUGAGUUUCUUCCAAUUUAUACUCCUUCUGAAGAAGAGAAGAAGAACCCUGCCUUGUAUGCUCACAAUGUAAGGCGUGUAAUGGCCAA